GCUAAUCAUGUCGUAUUACACCUGAGACUGCGGUGGAAGAAAUCGGAAGAACUUUCAGUAGAAGGAACAGACACAGAGAACGUCUCAAAUGCUGAAUGGGUUUCAACAUAACUUGGCAAAGUACGAAAGUCGCAGCUUCUGUAAGCAUGUGCACGCCAACAUUUCGUUGCCACAUGCUUUCCAUAACUUUCUCCGUUUUCAAGCUAUGUUGCCAUCAACCGCACAAGAGCAGUCUUGAAAGAGCAGAUACGAUUUUAUUAAUUUAUUACGGGAUAAUGGACCGUGCCUUGGCAAAGAGAGAACGCUGCGGCCCCCUUGAGCCUAUCGGAUCGACGGAGCGAAGCACGUGAUAGCUCUCCGCAGUAGGAGUAGACUGAACUGUCAGCACCACUUCAAGUGUACUGUACAGUACAUACAUUGCCACGUGCCUCGCUCAUCGACUCACGGACAGUGCUCACAGAUGUCAGCUUUCGGUGUUUGCCAAAAACAUUUGGAAUUUUAAAUGUCAUAGGCUAGGUGGCGCAAGCUAUCGCCUGUAACAAAAGAUUGCAAUAUUCUUUACUAAUCCACUUACUUGGCGGUACAUGCGUGGAUAAAUGUGCCGAACUACGGCUGACCCAUUGAAUUAGGCGGCGACUUACGCCACCUAACCAAUGCCAGACCGCGGUCAUCUUGGCCCUCUACUGGCCCUGCAUAAAGUUACCCGUUGUGCGCGUGCGUUGCCAGUGCUCGCUGCCCGUUGCUGCCGUCUCGAUUCCAACAUCCCUGGCGCACCACGCGCAGCCUGCUGCGCAGAGGAAACAACCAAGGAAAUCGGAGGAAGCGGCGAGUGAAACGGGAGAGCAGACAUGUUGCGUCAAGGGACCUCGGGGUGCCUGGGGAGCCAGCAGCGGCUGCGUUAGCAGCAGCAGCGAGCCGGCACGGUGCUACGACACGUCCGACGUCGACCGGGGACAGAUCGGACCAUGGAGCUGCGCUGUCGUCGUACGACGUGACCGAAGGCAGCCGUGCUGAACGUGACCGGUCCGGCAGGGAGCACGCCCAAAGAGGUGCGCGACCGCGGCGCCCGCCGCCCUGUAUGGCCCUUUGUCCGAGGCCAUGAGACGGCCCUCGACGUCGUGACGCAGGGCCCCCCUGGGAUGCUGGAGAAGGGCCUCCAGGCUAAGAAGAGGAGGCUGGAGUACCCAACGCAGGCGCAAGUGAGCGACGUGUCGUCGACCAGCGGCGAGGCCAAGGGGCGGCUGAAGCGGCGGGCGGACCAUGCGUGCGGGCUGGCGUCGCGCCGGCAGCCCUGCUCCUCGUCGUCCGUGCCGGGCAAGGCCGCCGCUGCCGCCGCCGUGGCGCCCAGCAAAGCGAGCGCCUCCGAGGGCGACUACCAGCUGGUGCAGCAUGAGGUGCUCUACUCGGCCGCCCACCAGUACGAGGUGCUCGAGUUUCUCGGGCGCGGCACCUUCGGCCAGGUGGUCAAGUGCUGGAAGAAGGGUACCAACGAGAUCGUGGCUAUCAAGAUCCUCAAGAACCACCCGUCGUACGCCCGCCAGGGACAGAUCGAGGUGAGCAUCCUGCACCGGCUCGCCCAGGAGCCCGCCGACGAGUUCAACUUCGUGCGCGCCCUCGAGUGCUUCUCGCACAAGUCGCACACCUGCCUGGUCUUCGAGAUGCUCGAGCAGAACCUGUACGACUUCCUCAAGCACAACAAGUUCUCUCCGCUGCCCCUCAAGUGCAUCCGGCCCGUGCUUCAGCAGGUGCUGACGGCCCUGCUCAAGCUCAAGCAGCUCGGCCUCAUCCACGCCGACCUCAAGCCCGAGAACAUCAUGCUCGUGGAUCCUGUCCGCCAGCCUUUCCGGGUCAAGGUCAUUGACUUCGGGUCGGCCUCCCACGUGAGCAAGGCGGUGUGCUCGACCUACCUCCAGUCGCGCUACUACCGGGCCCCCGAGAUCAUUCUGGGGCUGCCCUUCUGCGAGGCCAUCGACAUGUGGUCCCUGGGCUGCGUGGUGGCCGAGCUGUUCCUCGGCUGGCCCCUGUACCCGGGCUCCUCGGAGUACGACCAGAUCCGAUACAUCUCGCAAACGCAAGGGCUGCCCGCGGAGCACCUUCUCAAUGGUGCUGCCAAGACGGGCCGCUUUUUCCACCGGGAGACAGACUCCAACUACCCGUUCUGGCGCCUCAAGAGCCCCGAGGAGCAUGAGGCAGAGACAGGAGUGCGUUCCAAGGAGGCCCGCAAGUACAUCUUCAACUGCCUCGACGACAUGGCCCAGGUGAACGUUCCGACAGACCUCGAGGGCGGGGAGCUGCUUGCAGAGAAGGCGGACCGACGCGAGUUUGUGGACCUGCUGAAGAGAAUGCUGACGCUGGAUCAGGAGCGGCGGGUGGCCCCCGGGGAGGCCCUGAACCACAGCUUCGUGGGGCUCAGCCACCUGGUGGACUACGCGCACUGCGCCAACGUCCGGGCCUCGGUCCAGGCCAUGGAGGCCUGCAGGCGCCCCUCGCCCCUCUACGCCCGGGCUCACCCACAGGCCCCGCAGCCCCAGCAGCAGCAGAGCCUGCUGCUGUGCCCGCCCUCCGCCCUGGGUUCACCUGCCAAGCACGUGGUGGUGGCGGCGGCCCAGCCACCCCUGCAGCUGCAGCAGUACGUGCCGGUCUCGGUGCUGGAGCAGAACGGGCGCCAGGUGCUGCUCACGCAGCCGGGGCCGUCGGCCUGGGCCGGGGGCCGCCAGAUGCUGGUGCCCUGGCAGGGGCCCGCCCGGGCGGCAGGCCUGCUGGCCGACGAUUCCUGGGGCCGCUCCCUGGUGCUGGAACGGGCCGCGCUGCUUCCGGACCGGGUUAUCCCUCUGGCGCAGCCGUGGGCCCACGUGCUGGCCAGGCAGCCCCCCCAGCAGCAGCAGCAGACGCAGCAGACGCAGCAGCAGCCCACGCGCAGGCACUCCAAGACUAGCCGCAGCUCGUACCGCGAGGAGGAGCCCGUGGUGCAGCAGUGGCAGCCCCCAGUGGCCGCACCAAGGACCAACCAGCAGCACCUGUCCCCCGUCAAGAAGCGGGUGAAGGAGAGCCCCAAGUGGGAUGCCUCCAGGCAGCACGGGGCCCGUCCCGCAAGGGGCAAGGAGCGCGGCGCCAUCGUGAUCAGGGACACGCCUAGCCCCGCCGUGAGCGUCAUCACCAUCAGCUCGGACUCGGAGGACGAGGGCUGCGGGGCGUGCAAGGGGCGGGGCUGCCGCCAGUGCCAGCAGCAGCAGCAGCAGCAGCACGGUUGGCGGCCCCAACGACAGGUGGCAGCCCCCGCGGCGGCGGUGACGUCGUCUUCGUGCGCCAGCGUAGUGGCCCUGACCCCCGACGGGGAGGCGUCCCAUUCGGGCUGGACCCUGUCCCCGGGCGGGCCGCAACAAGUUGGGGUGGACGUGGCCUGGACGCACCCGCUGGGCUCUAGCGAGGCCGCCCCGUCGGCCUUCCAGCGCAGGGGAAGCACCACGGGUGCGAUGGGGGCCCUGCGACCCCGCAUGGCCAGCUGCAUCACGGUGCCGGACUCGGACUCUGAGGGCCAUUACAGCCCCCUGCGGCCCCUGCCAAACUUCACCAACAGCGUGCUGGCCGCCAAGGCCAUCAAGCCGGAGCCGCACAGGGACACCGGGGGCAUGUGCGGCCAGCCGACACCGCAGCACCCAGCUGGGACCAGCGGCGGGCGCCGCCUGGUGUUGGGUCUGAGCCCCAAGCGGGAGGUGGACGAGCGUAGCUCCCUGCUGGAGGGGGACCGUCUGGUCAAGGCACACCUGUCGCCCCUGCACCAGCUGGGGCCACCCCUACAGCUGGCGUCCUCGGGGCCCGCGCAGGCGGCCGACCUGUACCGCGAGUACUGCCGGCCGACAGUGUACGUGGCGGCCAGUAGCCUGGGGCAACCCUACCUGCCUGGCCAGCAGCAGCAGCCCAAGUACGUGCUGGGACAGUUCCUGGCGCCACCCCCUGCCCACCACCACGGCGGGGGCCGGGCCCCGGCCCCCCUGGCGGCGGUGCCGUACGCGGCCCACCCACUCCCGGCCCACCUGCAGCCGGGCCAGGCGCCCGCCGCUGCCCCGCCGGCGCCGGGACCACCGACUUUCCCUCCCUACGCCGCCUACGGCCUAAACCCGCUGAGCCCCGGCAAGCCCCAGUACCAGCACGUGUACCACAUGUUCGGGGAGGGAUGACAAGUGCCUCUCGGGGCCCCAUAUCACCUGUACAUAGCCCCCCCCUUCGCUGGACAGGGGGGCCAGCCCCGCCAACCUUUAGCGCCACGGGACGAAACCCGCUUUCCGGUUUUAGCCGCACGCACUGGUCAAUGCUUGGCCCCGCCGCCUUUCGGCGGGCCGCCCGGCCGGAGCUCGUGCCGCCGUCGUUCCCACAAGGGAGUCAACCAAUGCCGCCCCCGGCACGCACGUCUGGGCACCCGAGCAUCGACGGUUGUUUUGCCUUGUAGAUAGAAUUGCUUCUUGAAAAGCGCCUUGUACAAUUUUUGUAGAUAUGUAUUCUGGGCGGUAUGCUCUGGGUGUUUUUUUUUUUUUCUGCACGAGUUGGUUAAUGUGUACGGUUGCUGUAAUUACAAUUUUAAUUUUUUUUUUUUCCUUUUUUUUUGCAUUUCCUUUGGAAAUAAAGUGGAGCCGUUUUAUUGCGACGAGUCUGGCGGGUUUGCUGUGGGUUGAUUUCCUUUACCCCUUUGGAGCGGUGUUGCUUUGGGGCAGAAUAAAUGUUUCUCACCCGUU